AAAUGAUUCGGGAGCCACGAAACGAUGCGCCUGCUUUCAAGCCAUCAAGGUGCUAGGACGUUGGGGCGAGCCAAUAUACAAUCCUUCGCUUCCCCAGAUGCCUGCGAGACCACUCCCGUAACCAUCCACAAUGUUGCGGCCUCGCGACGCGCUUGUAUGCGGUCUGCUCGUUUGGGGAUGUGCUUCCACGGCCGCCCCGCCUAGCGCUGCUGCUGCAGUCGUACUGGGCGAGUCGGGGUCGAGGGAAGCCGGGGCAGCGCAGAGCGGGCGAAAGCUCACAGGCCGGUUUUUGCACAUCACAGACUUCCACCCCGACCCGUUUUACAAGACAUACUCGAGCACCACAGCAGAAACAGCAUGCCAUCGCAAACGGGGACCUGCCGGCAUCUACGGCGCAGAGACCUCAGGAUGCGAUUCACCAUUUUCUCUCGUCAAUGAGACUUUUAGGUGGAUCAAGGACAAUAUUAGAGACGAUAUCGACUUCGUCAUCUGGACAGGCGACUCGGCGCGACACGACAACGAUGAGAAGCAUGCGCGUACGCAGAAGCAAAUCAUCAGCCAGAACGAGUUUCUGGUGGAGAAGUUCGCAGAGGUGUUUGGCGUGUCUGACAAGGAUCGCAGAGGAACCAACGACUAUGUGAUCCCAAUCGUGCCGACGUUUGGCAACAACGACAUUAUGCCGCACAACAUUUUCCUUCAAGGCCCGAACAAAUGGACGAUGAAGUACCUCGAUAUCUGGCGCAGCUUCAUUCCAGAAGCGCAGAGGCAUCAGUUUCAGCAGGGAGGCUGGUUUUCAGUCGAGGUAAUCCCAGGGCGUCUUGCUGUGAUCAGCUUGAAUACCAUCUACUUCUUCACCUCCAACUCCGGCGUCGACGGCUGCGCAAACAAGCACGAACCGGGCUACGAACACAUGGAAUGGCUGCGCAUUCAGCUCAAGAUAAUGCGCGAACGCGGCAUCAAAGCGAUACUCAUGGGUCACGUGCCACCAGCACGUGUCGACAGUAAAGAGAGUUGGGACGAGACAUGCUGGCAGAAGUACACGCUCUGGGUGCAGCAGUACCGAGACGUGAUUGUCGGCUCACUAUACGGCCAUAUGAACAUCGACCAUUUCAUGCUUCAGGAUUUCGAGCAGAUCAACGGCAACACGAGGAAGGGCGAUAUGGCUGCGCAGACCAGGGCCAAAAGCGUGGAUGGUGAGAUCAGUCUGCUUGAGAACGGCGAGGUGACGGUCGCAUCUGCUUCGGAUUACCUACUUAGUCUUCGAGCCUUCUGGGCGCAACUCCCGUCGCCCCUUUCGGCCACAACCCGCAACUCAGAGGAGUCAGAGAUCUGGAUCGACGACGACGACUCUAUCUGGAGCUGGCUAAUGUCCACACUAACUAGCUCGCGAAGCCACAAAAAGAUUGGAAAGAGCGCCAAGAAGAAAUAUCUUGAGAAGAUUGGAGGAAAGUAUGCGCAACGCUACAGCGCAUCGCUUGUCACACCCAGUGUAGUCCCAAACUACUACCCUACCCUCCGCAUUGUCGAGUACAACAUCACUGGCCUGGAGCACAUCAAUGCGUACGGUGGCCCUGAAGCAUCUUGGGAGCAAUCUACGCUACUCAAGCACGAAUUCUCGGACGAUGAGGGGUAUCAGAGGGAAGUCGAUACUCUGAUUAAGCGAAAAGAGAGGCAGAAGAAAAAAGAGAGGGCGGCCAAGCAUUCGAAGAAGUUCCGCUUCAAGGUCCCCGAAGGCCCAUCCAAGUCUGCUCCACCAGGUCCGGCAUACUCGCCUCAAACCUUCACUUUGACUCGCUACGUACAGUACUUUGCCAAUCUGACGCGUAUUAACAACGACUUCGUUGAUCCUCAGCACCACAAAUUCGACACCGAUGAAGCACCUGUCUCGGCGAAUGCUUUGGUUCCGCGCACAAUUUUCGGGCUUCAAGUCAGCGAGAGCGGGGAAAUCGAAGGCAAGGGCUGGAAAGAAGGCAAGCAUGGGAAACACAAUGGGAAGCACCCUCGCCCCGAACCCCAUCCGAAGGAGUUUGAGUACGAAGUCGAGUACGACACCAAGGACAUGAAGUUCCCUGACCUGACCGUCAGGAGAUGGGUCGAGUAUGCGAGGAAGAUUGGAGGCGGCGGCAAAAAGAGCGCUAGUCUGACUGACCUUGAUCACAAUGUCGACGAGAUUGAGUUUGACGUAGACGAGUCCAACGAUGAGGGGCUUGAGGCAGAGGGCAAGAAGCACAAAAAGCACAAGAAGGGGAAGAAGCACCGCAAGGCAUCAAAGGAAUGGUUCACAUUCGUUAAGCAUGCGUUUGUGGGUACCAUGGAUCCGCAUGAAAUCAAGCAGGUUUUCGGACACGCGGCGUCGGGGAUGGAAGAGUCUCAAGAAGAGAUCACGGAGUUGUGAAGUUGCGGCAGUGGAAUGGUGUUUGAGGUAUAUGAAUGGGGAUGAUAUUGAAUAUCUGGGUUAUAUUGCUCUUUAGCGUUGCAUUUCGCGACAUUUCAAACGGGUUAGAUGCAUCAUGGGGGACGAGCAUUGGGCGGCGUUGCAUGGGAUCACUGUACAGGACGAUGGUUUCUCAAAUAAGGAUGUCACAUAUAUAAGUAUCGAGACCAAUAUUCGCUACAGUCAGCAGGACCAUGCC